AUGCCGAAUAAUUCGAAAAAGGGGGCACAGAGUCCCGCCUCCAGCGGCGACGUCCUAGCCGAAAAGCCUCAACUUACUCAUGAGGAUGGCCAACCCCUGGCACAGACCGACACACAGGCUCGGGUCAUCAUGAAAGACCUCAACGUCACGGAAGAUGACCUGCUCGAGGCCAAGGAGCUGGCUGCUACAUACUCGCUCGACGAGGUGAAGCGCUUGAUGACGCACGUGUACAAGAUUCACAGGCGCGAUCCCAACUUUCCCGCCAGUGUCAUUGACAUGAUUGACGAGUUCCUGACCGACGACGACAUUCUCAAAAACCCCGCAAGGCACGCAGCCCUCAUCGCCGCCAUGAAGAUCCAAACCGCGCUUCUCACCGCCAACUCGCCCUACGCCGAAGUCCGCGCCGUCGUCGACCACCACGACGACCCCGGCCUGCCCGCCUCCACCAUCCGCUCCUGGUCCCUCGGCCUGCUGUUCGCCUGCCUCAUGGCCUUCAUCAACGGCUUCUUCGAGCCGCGCUUCCCCGCCAUCUCCGUCGCCAACACGGUGCCCCAACUCCUCGCCUACCCGGUGGGCACUUUCAUGGCGCGUGUCCUCCCCGACUGGGGCCUCACCGUCUGGGGCGUCCGGCACAGUCUGAAUCCGGGCCCGUUUAACAAAAAGGAGCACAUUUUGGUGAGCAUCAUGAGCUUUGCGUACGACACGGCGCCGUACACGAACCAGAUUGUCUGGAUACAGACGCUGCCGCAGUACUUUGACCAGGGCUGGGCGUACGACGUUGGCUACCAGCUCUCCGUGGCGCUCUCCACGGCGUUUAUCGGCUAUGGCUUUGCGGGCAUCACGCGCCGUUUCAUCGUCUGGCCGUCGCAUUGCAUCUGGCCCAACUCGCUGGCGACGAUUGCGCUCAACUCGGCGUUUCACUCGAAUGACGGGACGCAGCCGGUGCCGGGCCCGUUCAACACGACGUGGGCGUGGUCGCGCAUCAAGUUCUUUCUGGUUGUGUUUUUCGCCAUGUUUAUCUACUUUUGGCUCCCCAACACGCUGUUUGGCGCGCUCAGCUCCUUCUCGUGGAUCAGCUGGAUCGCCCCUACCAACCGCAUCCUCACGGCCAUCGUAGGCUCUCAGACAGGCCUUGGCUUGAACCCCUUGCCGACGUUUGACUGGAACACCAUCACGGCGUACCUUGACCCCCUCUACAUCCCUGCGUUUACCACGUUCAACUUUUUUGCCGGCACCUUUACGAGCAUGUUUAUGGUUCUCGGCAUCUGGUUCAGCAAUGCGUACGGCAGUGGUCAUUUGCCCAUCAACUCGAACCUGCCUUGGGAUCGCUUUGGCGAGAGAUACAACGUCACGCGUGUGUUGGAUGAGCAUGGCGCUCUUGAUGUGGCCAAAUAUGAAACGUACUCGAAGCCGUACCUGUCUGCCGGAAAAAUGGUUCAGUAUUUCUGCUUCUUCGCAGUGUAUAGCGCGUCCAUUACCUAUGCUAUCCUCCAGCAUCGCAGCGAGAUUUGGGCUGGCAUGUCUUCUGCAUUCCGCAACAUGUUCAAGUCCAACGCAGCCGCUCGCGAAGAGGUGGGGUUUUUAGACGUGCACAUGCGUGAGAUGAGCAAGUAUCGAGAGGUGCCGGAUUGGUGGUAUAUAGUAGUUCUUGUCCUCUCUGCCGCCCUGGGUAUGGUGUCCAUGGCCGUGUGGCCCACGGGUACCAGCCCGGCUGUGGUGGUAUUUGGCAUCCUCAUGUGCGCCAUCUUCGUCGUGCCCAUCGGCAUCAUGUACUCCAUGACGGGAUAUCAGGUGACCUUGAACGUCAUGGCCGAGUUUAUCGGCGGUGCCGUCUCCAACGGUAAUGCCGUGAGCAUGGCCUACUUCAAGACUUACGGCUACCUCACCUGUGCGCAAGCUCUCACCUUGGCGCAAGAUCUCAAACUCGGUCACUACGUCAAGAUUCCGCCGCGCAUUAUCUUCUGGGCGCAACUGGUUCCGACGUUCAUCUCCACGUUCAUCUUCGUUGGCCUUUUGCAGUACCAGCUACACAUUGACAAGAUUUGCACGCGAGCCGCUCCGUUCCGGUUCAUCUGCCCCGCCCAAAAUUCAUUCUUCACCGCGGCUGUCCUCUGGGGCACUGUUGGUCCCGCGAGGCAGUUUGGCGCCGGAAGCCCGUACUGGACGCUCUUGAUUGGCUUCCCUGUCGGCGUCGUCACUGUGCUGGUCUUCUGGGGCUUGGGUCGGAGAUUCCCCAAGAAUUUGGCGCUGCGCAGCGUGCACCCGGUCCUCCUGCUCGCUGGCGGCAUCGGCUGGGCCCCUUACAAUAUGACACACAUUUGGCCUGCCGUUCCCAUUGCUGCCUUUUCUUGGUUAUUCGUUCGCAGCAACUACCUUGCGUUUUGGUCCAAGUACAACUACGUCCUCUCGGCGGCCUUUGCUGCUGGUGUCGCCCUCUCGGCGGUGGUUCAGUUUUUCGGUCUUGCUUUUACCGGAGUCGAAAUUACGUGGUGGGGAAACAGCGUCGUCGGACUAGGUUGUGAGGGUAUCGCAUGUCCUCUGCUGCCUUUGCCCAAGGGCCAGGGGUUUGCUCCUAAGCCCAAUGGCCAAUACUAA